AUAUAUCUCACAACGUGACGGGUUAUCUACAACAUCGUUAGGGCAUACGUGCAGUAUUUAACAUACAUCUAGACUGACAAAGACAUCACAGUCAUGUCUGGCCAUCUCAUAAUGGUACUAUGGGUUUGUGGCAGUAUAAGUCAACUCUAUGGAGCUGCCCCGUAUCCUGGUGAAUUUUCGCAGCAUUGGACCGACUUCGUUACCUCUUUGGACGAGAGAGUUGCCAAAUUAGAGAGUCUUCUUAUAGCAAAAGAUGUUAGGAUUGGUCAACUUGAGACACAGCUGGACACUGAAAUUGAAAAGAAAAACUUGAAGGUAUCAGAGCUGAGAGAGAAAUGGAUCAGGAGAUUGUCAAACCAAGUGAUACUAGAAUAAGAGAGCUCGAGGCAAAGCUGGACAGUGACAUUGAAAAGAAAAACUCGGAAAUAUCAGAAACUGAGACAGAAAAUGGACGUUCUUAUAAAAACAACAAACAUUUUAUAUAAAUGUUUACACCAACCCGAUUUUGAAGACACUGUUCAAAGAAUAAAAAGCGGCAAUGUUGACAAGGAAAGGACAACAAUAGAAGUCGGAUUAAAAGAGAAUGAACCAGAAUCGAUACUCAAGGAAGGUAACACAACACAAAAACACACGGAAACAAUCUUCAAGGUCCAGGACAAUAUGGUGGGCUACCUUGAUAGGAGACGCAGUGAACCUACAGGGCGGAUACAGAGGAGAGUCAGACGCGUUGCUCCUUCUUCAUCAACCGUGGCAUUUCACACGAAAAUGUCUUCUGCAAAGACGUUGGUGAAUGGUGUUAUAAUGAUAUUCGACAAUGAGAUACUCGACCAAGGAAAUGGCUACAACCCACGUGACGGGAUAUAUACGGUACCAGAGUCCGGUACGUAUGUACUCACAUGGAAAGUUCUGUCUGAAAAAAAUUCUUAUAUUGUGACAGCUCUUGUAGUAAACGGAGAAGAAAUGGGUAUCUCAUUGACCAAUUCAGAGGACAUCACCGACAAGCACCAGACCACUGAAAUCGUUGUCCUGCGAUUGGACCAGGGGGAUCACGUGUUCAUACGGGUUAAAACAAAAGCUGGGAGUGUUGUUAGUGAUACAACUUAUGGAAAAUUAACAUUUUCUGGUUGGAAAAUAUAAAUGAAAGAUGUAAUAAAACAAGUAACGUAAGUGCAUUGUAUGUUUUCAGUGAAGUUCACAUAUAUCGUGGUACCUAGUUCUCUAUUUUAUCAGCGUGGCACAAUAACCUAAACCAUAUACUGUGUCUAGAAAGAGACUCAUAAUUCAAUUAGAGUACUAACUAGAUUGAGAACGCAAAAUAUAAAUGUAAAAAAAAACAGGUUAAUAACUUCGGGAAAAAAGUAAACAGACUUCGCCAUAUGUGUUAUAUAUGAAACGAUUUUCAAAUACCAUCUCUCAUUAAGGCCUUAACAAAUUCUGCACAACAUGUGUGACUUGUACAAGUGGAAACAUAUUUUUGAACGCACGUGCUACCAAACAUAGCAGGACAUUAAUAAAGCAAUGGUGCAAAUAUAAAUACUCCCAUUAAAAGCCCAAA